AUGGCACAGCCCCCGCCCGACCCCAGCCGCUUCGCCACGGAAGACUUCUUCUCUCAUUCGAGGCGGACAUGGUCGGACGAGAAGGAGAAGGUGCUCACAGGCCCGUUUGACUACCUGAACGACCACCCAGGCAAGGACUUUCGGUCCAUGCUGGUGAAGGCGUUUGACGCCUGGCUCGAGGUGCCGUCUGAUAGUCUCGAGGUCAUCACAAAGGUGGUGGGCAUGCUGCACUCAGCCUCGCUGCUGGUCGACGAUGUUGAGGAUAACAGUCUCCUCCGGCGAGGCUUUCCAGUUGCACACACCAUCUUUGGCGUGCCGCAGACUAUUAACAGCUCCAACUACGUCUACUUCCUCGCGCUGCAGGAGCUCCAGAAGCUCAAGAACCAGCGGACCAUCAACGUCUACUGCGAGGAGCUCGUGAACCUGCACCGCGGGCAGGGCAUGGAUCUGUUCUGGCGCGACACGCUGACGUGCCCGACCGAGGACGACUACCUGGAGAUGGUGAGCAACAAGACGGGCGGGCUAUUCCGGCUGGGCAUCAAGCUGAUGCAGGCCGAGUCGCGGAGCCUGAUCGACUGCGUGCCGCUGGUCAACAUCAUCGGCCUCAUCUUCCAGAUCGCCGACGACUACCAGAACCUCUUCAGCAAGGAGUACACGGCCAACAAGGGCAUGUGCGAGGACCUGACCGAGGGGAAGUUCAGCUUCCCUGUCAUCCACAGCAUCCGCUGCAACCCGACCAAUCUCCAGCUGCUCAACAUCCUCAAGCAGAAGACUAGCAACGAGGAGAUCAAGCGCUAUGCUGUGGCCUACAUGGAGAGCACCAAGAGCUUCGAGUACACACGCAAGGUCAUCGCCACCCUCAUCGAGCGCGCCCGCAAGAUGGCCGACGAGAUUGACGACGGCAGGGGCAAGAGCAAAGGCGUCCACAAGAUUCUCGACCGCAUGGUUCUAAAGGAAUAA